UGCUGAGUAUUUCCAGCAUUUUUUGUUUGUUUUCAGACUUCCACCAUCCACAGUAUUCUUCUUUUUGAGAAUGUUUACCUUGGAGACCCCAGACUUCAUUGUGAUUGUCAUUUACUUCAUAUUUGUUAUGGGUAUUGGAAUAUGGUCAUCUGUGAAAGCCAACCAAAGCACAGUGGGAGGAUAUUUUCUUGCUGGAAAAGUCAUGACCUGGUGGCCUAUUGGGGCAUCGCUUAUGUCAAGUAAUGUGGGCAGUGGCCUGUUUAUCGGUCUGGCAGGAACAGGAGCUGCAGGAGGCAUUGCUGUUGGAGGUUUUGAAUGGAAUGCCACUUGGCUUCUGGUGGCACUUGGCUGGAUUUUUGUUCCAGUGUACAUUGCUGCUGGUGUGGUCACUAUGCCUGAGUAUUUAAAGAAGAGGUUUGGAGGACAGAGAAUCAGAAUCUACAUGUCCAUACUAUCUUUGAUCCUGUACAUGUUCACUAAGAUAUCGACUGAUAUUUUCUCUGGGGCGCUUUUUAUCCAAGUUGCACUGGGUUGGAACCUCUAUGUUUCUACUGUAAUCCUGCUGGUGGUGACUGCCGUUUACACAAUAGCUGGUGGUUUGACCGCUGUGAUUUAUACAGAUGCCCUUCAGACUGUGAUUAUGGUGGUAGGAGCUAUUACCCUUAUGUUUAUUGGUUUUAACAAAGUUGGUUGGUACUCAGGGCUGGUGGAGAAGUAUUUCCAAGCAAUUCCCAACAUCACUGUGGCAAACUCUUCAUGUCACAUUCCACGUGCUGAUGCUUUCCACAUGUUUCGACAUCCAGUCACUGGUGACAUUCCUUGGCCUGGGCUCAUAUUUGGUCUUUCAGUGCUUGCCACAUGGUGCUGGUGCACUGAUCAGGUGAUUGUACAGAGAUCCCUCUCAGCAAAAAAUCUUUCUCAUGCUAAAGGAGGAUCAAUUUUGGGAGGUUACCUGAAGAUGUUGCCUAUGUUUUUUAUUGUUUGGCCAGGCAUGAUUAGUAGAGCACUGUACCCAGAUCAGGUGGCCUGUGUAGAUCCUGAUGUCUGUGAGUCAAUCUGUGGAGCGAGAGUAGGAUGUUCAAACAUUGCAUACCCCAAACUGGUAAUGGAACUUAUGCCUGUAGGCUUGAGGGGGCUGAUGAUAGCAGUUAUGAUGGCUGCUCUAAUGAGUUCACUUACCUCAAUCUUUAACAGCAGCAGCACACUCUUCACCAUAGAUAUCUGGCAGCGAAUCCGCAGAAAUGCCACUGAACUGGAGCUGAUGAUUAUUGGCAGGAUCUUUAUUAUUUUUCUAGUUGCCAUCAGUAUAGUGUGGAUCUCUAUUAUCCAGACAGCUAACAGUGGCAAGCUCUUUGACUACAUUCAGUCUAUUACUAGUUACCUAGCACCGCCAAUCACCUCACUGUUCAUUAUGGCAGUAUUCUGGAAGAGAGUCAAUGAGCAGGGUGCUUUCUGGGGCCUUAUGGUAGGACUGACCGUGGGCCUUAUUCGCAUGAUCAUGGAGUUUGUUUAUGGAGCGCCAUCAUGUGGUGAACUGGACAACAGGCCUGGUAUCCUCAAGAACGUGCAUUACCUUUAUUUUGCUAUGAUACUAUCUGGAAUAACUGCAAUCGUUAUCACUGUCGUCAGUCUGUUAACUCCAGCAAUUAAGGAAGAAAAUCUGGUCCGAUUAACAUGGUGGACUAGACACAACCAAACAUCUGAGAAUGACAUGGAUGAUUUCUGGAGCCGCCCAAAGACAGUUGCUGAAUCUGUUGAGAGAAAUGAAGUACAAUUUAUUACAGAGAAUGAAGGACUACAUGAAACAGUGGAAGUUUCCUGGUGGAAGAAAAUAUUUUUUUGUUUAUGUAGCCUACAGCAAAAACCUGAACUUUCAAAAGAAGAAAAUGAUGCCAUUCAAAAAAGGUUAACCAGCAUUGAAGAGGAACCUUUUUGGCGAAAAGUGUGUGACAUAAAUGUUGUUAUCUUGUUGGCAAUUAAUGUCUUCUUCUGGGGAUACUUUGGAUAAGAGGAGCUUUUGGGUCUUAUUUAGUGCAGGAUCUGUUUUGUAGCUCACUGGUGAAAUCAUUCUUUCGAACAAUACGUUUAUGGCAUCUGUUCUAUAAGUAUUCAUUUUUGUAUUACUGAUUGAUGCAUCUAAUAAUUGUUUCCACUGUGCCAGUAGUUUUGCAAAGUUUAAUGAGUCAUUUUGCUGAAAUAAACACUAACAUUGCAAUAAUAAA